AUGGACAAAUUUAGCAGAAGAACCGCACUGUUUCUUUUUUGGUUCAUCAUCGUCUCACUUCAGAUUCCGUCGACGAUCGGGGAAGGACAACAACAGGUUGAGAAGAAUGAGCAAGAGCAGACUACAUUUGGAAAAACAAUGCAAGAUACAGUCAAUGUGCUCUAUGAUACAAUUUCUGUCCUGCAAAAGUCUCAUCAAAAUGCCUGGGACAAAGUCAAAACCAUCAUAAGUGAUAUGCAAUUGCAAUUUUCCCCUCCAAAUCUAGAGGGUGCAGAUGAGGCAGAUGGAAAGGGUAGCACUGGCGGUGUUGGGAUGGGAGCGAAAUUGAAAGAGGCAGCUCACAAGAGUUUUGAAACAGGCAAACACACAGUUGAGGAAUCCGCAAAAUCAGCUGGCGAAGCAGUGGGAGAGACGAUGCAUAAGACAGCAGAAAAGGUAAAGGAAAAGGUCUCUCAUGAAGAGCCCCAUGCAGAGCUUUAA